AUGUGGACAAUAAUACCGCCGAUUUGGAUUUCUCACUUCAAAGAGCAAAAAAAUGCGAUGAAGUUUUCGAAAUGCAUUUUCAAUGGAAUUCCCCGUAUUGCAAACUUCAUGGUCAACGAGUUUCUCGAAGCAAAUGGUGGUUAUGCGGUUCACAACAUUUCUAUAAAAGAACUGAAAGUUGUUAAGGCGGAAUUGGUAACGAAAAUUAAAAAAUUGAAUGAAAACAUUGUCAACUGGAAACCAGAGAGUGGAGUUUCAAUGAAUGAAUAUUUAGAGGAGUUGGAGAACGUUGAAAGAGAACAUGAUCGUGCAGAAUUGGAAAUGCGGAGAAAAGAAGAUUCACUCAGAAGAGGUGAUGAAGACAAUAACGAUAUACUACGACACAUAGUGUUAGAAGACUCGGAUGACUCGGAUGAAGAAGAAUCUGAAGACGAAGAAUAUGAGAACGAGGACGAAGGAUUCGAGGAUGGUGAUGGUAUCAGUGAUGCUGAAAAUUUGUUGGUUUAA